AUGUCUGCCAUUCAGAAGAACGUCGAGUCCGCUUCAGAGAGCUACUCCGCUAGCUUCACCAAGGGCCACUUGGCACUCCCUCCGGCGAAGAAGUACCUCGUCUUGACUUGCAUGGACGCCAGAAUUGACCCGGCACGGGCUUUUGGCAUCGAGUUGGGCGAUGCGCAUGUCAUCCGCAACGCUGGCGGCUCAGCAGUAGACGCGCUCCGCAGCAUCGUCAUCUCUCAACAACUCCUCGGCACGCACGAGAUCGUGCUGGUCAAGCAUACCGGCUGCGGCAUGCUCAUUUUCAAGAACGAGGACGCGGAGGCUCUCGUCGACAAGAAUCUGGGUGCCGACGCUUCCGCCGAGCUCAAGUCUCGCAAACUGGACUUUUUGACAAUCACGGACCUGGAGGAUGCCGUCAAGAAGGAUAUCGACUUCAUCAAGGAGACCAAGCUGGUCCCGGAGAGCGUGACGGUCAGCGGCUGGAUCUACGAGGUUGAGACGGGCAAGACGAGGCGCGUUGUUUGA